CCGGAUGGACACCGCCAACCUGCCCAGUGGCCAUCCAUGUUAUGUUGUAGAUAGGAAGAAGUCCCCAGGGUACUUUUCUGAUGAAGUGGAUGCUAAUAUUAUUACUGAGUUCUGUGCGUUGAGGGCCAAGUCGUAUGCGUUUAAUGUAUAUGCUGGACCAGAAGUCAGAGUAGGAGGAGGAGAGAAAAUUAAAGCGAAGGGUAUCAGGUCUCAUGUGGUUAAAAACCACAUGACAUUGGAAGAUCAUAGGAAGUGUUUGUUUGGGGAAGAAGGAGUAGAGUUAUACAGAGAUAAUGUUUCAAUUAAGUCGUUUAACCACCAACUGAUGACGAUAAAAACAAAGAAAUUGACAUACAACAGCUACGAUGAUAAGAGGGUGGUGCUAGAAGAUAAAAUAAAUACACUAGCCCAUGGUCAUUAUAGUAUAGAGGAAGAUGAUAUAUGGCCAGAACUUGAGGAAGAUGGGGGGAACUGGAACGAGGAAGAGAAAGGAUUAAUGAUAGGUCUUCUACAUUACAUAACCUGAUUUUAUAUAUUGUAUAUUUUUUUUUCUGUUAAUUAGUUUUAUUGUAAAUAUUAUCAUGUUAUAUAAUUAUA